CAGUAGUAUAAAAAGGGUCAACAAAAUCGCGCAGCGUUGCUGAAUCCGCCAGACUCCUAUUACAAUGACGUUGCACGUUGUUCACACAUCAGUGACAUCAAAAGAGUUCCGGCUUGCAGCCCGCAGGCUUGUUGGAUUUUUGUUCUUGAUUUUCUGUAUAAGCACACUCGUUUUCUACAAAUACAUAGCCGACACUAACACUUCAAGCUACCGAAUUGAAUUGUGGACGGAUUACACGUCUAAUGCUUUAUUCUACAAUCAAACGAUACCUCCGCUAUUACUGGAUCCCCUACGGCUUUAUUACAACCGGAUUCCCAAAACAGCUGGUACUACAAUGCUGUCAAUUUUACACCGAUUGGCGGAGCGCAACCAUUUUUCGCAUUAUUCUUCUGUUGUCUACAAUCGGCGUAAUCUAACGGACCGUGAGCAACUGGAACUUGUUCUGAACGUAACCAAAGCUGUUCCGCCAGCCAGCUUUGACCGACACGUCCAUUUCGUGAACUUCAAUCUAUUGGGUCAAGCAUCGCCCGUGUUUAUAAACGUAGUAAGGGAUCCAGUUGAACGAGUAGUGUCCGACUAUUACUACAGGAGGGCGGUAGCUCGGAAGAACCUCGAUAGCUCGUCGGUAACGCCUAGCCUAUAUUGGCUUAACAAGCCGAUCGAGGAAUGUAUUCGGCGAGGAGAUGCUGAGUGUCGUUACGUUACAGGCUACACGCAAAUAGGCCACAUGGUACCCUACUUCUGCGGUCACAACAUAAGAUGCUCGGUCGUCAAUGAUCCAUGGGCGCUUCAGCAUGCUAAACGGAAUAUCGAACUAUAUUACGACGUGGUAGGACUAGUUGAGAUGCUGCCAGAGACAGUUGCCGUACUGCAACACCGACUUCCAAUAUUCUUUCAAAGUGCUUCUGAGGUGUGCGGACAAAUAGGGUCUUACAAUGUAAAUCCGGAUAAACCAAACGUAACAUUUGAGGCAAAACUCCAGCUGAGGCUUAACCUGACGAACGACUUAGAGCUUUAUAACUUCAUUAAGAAGCGUCUUCUCAAGCAAUAUAGCGAGAUACCUAGGUGAUAGAAGUAGACCUAAACUCUGUGUAUUAAGAACUCCGGUAAUUCAAAUAGGACAAAUAUGCUUGCAGGACUACAUGUUAACAUUAUUUUUUUCUGUGAAAAACAUAUUUGUAUUAUAUAAUGAGUGAGCAAUGCAGUUGCAACACGCGAUUGACUAAUUUAUUCGAUCUUUGUUAUUUAAAAAAAAAUAGUUUAAAUAGUAGUGGAAAAUAGUUUAAAAAAGUUUGAGAAGCAUUCGGUAGUAAAGAAGAAUGUUGACCCGAUUGCAUAACCAUACCACUAAUCAUAUUAGCGCUUUGUUGGAUCUGAUUUGUGGUUCGCGAUAUGACCAUUGGCUUGAUUUUGCUAUGCAAAAGAAGAUAUGUACCGGAUGUCCGUUGAAAGACCUUAACUGCUGGCGAUGAAAAACGGACAGAAAUUAAAAAUAAAUCAGUUAAUGUUUUAUAGAUUCUUUUUGAGGCGACAAGAACAUCUUGUAUUCACUAUGUUUUAGGGGUUUGUACGUAUUCUUAAGUUGUAGGCAAUGGGCUCAGAUAUCCUUUGAUAAGCAUUGUUGCCCCCAAUCUUUUCCUCUAAGCAGUGUCUUUUUACCCAUAGAUCUAAGUAGUAACGUAAGUAGUUACCAAUGAAAAGCUCAUGCUAUAACACCCUAACGAUAACAAUCUUCGAGUUAAUGACAAAAAUUUUACAUUUUGUAACAGCAGACCGAUUCCUUUGAACUUAUUUUAAAAAUGAAAUCGUGAAAUGCCUAGAGAAAAUAACAUCAAUCACGGAAGUACAGACAUACCGCGGAUACGCAGUCACAGAGUAAUAAAUGUUACCUCAAAUCUAUUAUUAAAAAAUGUUUUUACUUUUAUAUUGAAUAACUUGUGUUAGGUCAAGCAGUUCAACAAUCAAUUGUACUUUCUUAUUUCUUACUCCUAGACAUCUCAGAGGCUGCGUGCGUGGUUCCUAUGAAAUACACGUCACCUCGCCUGGUUGAUUCCAUUGAUAUGCAAGAUCGUCAAUAAACUGCUUCAUCCGUGCCGCCUUUGAGAAAAAAAAACGACUUUUCUAACCAUGGCGUGUUCACUGUUAUGCGUGCUAAUAUCACUAGCUAAAUAGGAAAGCGAUAUGUUUAUUAUCAUGUCCAGCUUCCUUAUGGUCACUGACCGUCAUUA